GGAUUCAGGACGCAUGCGCCCCGGGCCAGGCAAGCCGCGUUCUUCGGUGGCUGCUUCGGUGUUGUUGUCAGGGCAGCCGCGGGGCGCUCCCUCGGGGCCUCCAGCUGCUGCAAACUCCAGACACAUAUCCAUCUUGUGUACCCGGCUUAAUUGGGCCAUUGGGCAUUGAACCUGAGUCCUUAGGCUUUGCAGAUAGUUUGUAGAGGAUGUCCCAUGAGGGAAUCCCCAACUCAAGUCAAAUUCAGGAACACGACCGUGUACAGAGUGAGCAUGUCGGCACUAAUGGAGACGUGUCCAUUGAGCAGGAGAACAGUGGGGACCCAGAAGUGGAGAAGCGUCUCCCCUCUCCUUCCUCUGACUGUGGGCCAUCCACUGCCGAGGCCUGUUUAUCAGCCCCCACAAGGCGGGGGUCAGCACUGCUGCACAUUGACAGACAUCAGAUCCCGUCAGUGGAGCCCUGUGCGCAGGCCCUGGAGCUGCAGGGUCUGGGUGUGGAUGUGUAUGACCAGGCCGUGUUGGAACAAGGUGUGCUUCAGCAGGUGGACGGUGCGAUGCAUGAGGCCAGCCGCGCAGCCCAGCUUGCCGAUGCUGAAAAGGAGUAUCUGUCAGUCCUGGAUGACCUCACGUCAUGUACGACAUCCCUAAGGCAAAUCAAUAAAAUUAUUGAACAACUUAGCCCUCAAGCUGCCACCAACAGAGACAUCAACAGGAAACUAGAUUCUGUAAAGCGACAGAAGUACAAUAAGGAACAACAGCUAAAGAAGAUCACUGCAAAGCAGAAGCGUCUCCAGGCUGUCCUUGGAGGAGCAGAGGUCCUAGUGGAACUGGAUCAUGCUGGCCUGCAGGAGGUGGAUGCAGAGCCAGGGCCUUCAUGUCUCGGCAGUAUGCUCAUGCCUGCCCAGGAGAGCGCCUGGGAAGAGCUCAUCCGCACUGGCCAGAUGACACCCUUUGGUACUCAGAUUCCUCAGAAACAGGAGAAAAAGCCUAGAAGAAUCAUGCUCAAUGAGGAAUCAGGCUUUGAAAAAUACCUGGCAGAACAAGCCCAGCUGUCUUUUGAAAAGAAGAAGCAAGCUGCUAGUAAAAGAGCGGCCCGAAAAGCCCUGGCCCCCAGUGCAUCCAAAGCAAGCCAGAGGCACUGUGGCCUGUCGCAGACCGACCAGCGCUUGAAGAAGCACAUCAGGAGGCUGCAGAGGAGGGCCCUGCAGUUUCAGGGCAAGGUGGGACUGCCAAGGGGGAGGAGGCCCCCGGAGCCACAGGCCAGGUCAGAGGCAGAAGGCGACUCUGAGGGUGAGGAGUCUGGCUCCUUCCCCACUGAGGGGGAGGAGGAGGAGCAAGAGGAGGAGGAUGAAGAGGCUGACCUGUCGUCGGAAGGUACUGACUAUGACCUGAAGCCUCUGCGCAAGGGCCGGAGACGCCAGCAGAAAGCUCCAGCACAGGAGGUUGAUGAUGACUUCCUCCCAAGUUCUGGGGAAGAAGCUGAAGCUGCAGGAGGAGGCGGCGGUCGGAAGGGCGCGAGGUGCCGAGAUGAUGGAGAUGAAGAGUACUACAGGCAGCGGCUAAGGAGGUGGAAUAAACAGAGGCUGCAGGACCGAGAGAACUCUCUGAAGCUUGAAGAUGAGUCUGAGGAAAGUGAUGCUGAAUUUGAUGAAGGUUUUAAAGUACCAGGUUUUCUGUUCAAAAAGCUCUUCAAGUAUCAGCAGACAGGUGUUAGGUGGCUGUGGGAAUUGCACUGCCAGCAGGCAGGAGGAAUUCUGGGAGACGAAAUGGGAUUGGGCAAGACCAUCCAGAUAAUUGCCUUCUUGGCAGGUCUGAGCUACAGCAAGAUCAGGACUCGUGGUUCAAAUUACAGGUUCCUGGGGUUGGGCCCCACUGUAAUUGUCUGUCCAACAACAGUGAUGCAUCAGUGGGUGAAAGAAUUUCACACAUGGUGGCCUCCAUUCAGAGUGGCAGUUCUACAUGAAACUGGUUCCUAUGCUCACAAAAAGGAGAAGCUAAUUCGAGAUAUUGUUCAUUGCUGUGGGAUUUUGAUCACUUCUUACUCCUACAUUCGACUGAUGCAAGACGACAUGAGUAAGCAUGACUGGCACUAUGUGAUCUUAGAUGAAGGACACAAAAUCCGAAAUCCGAAUGCUGCUGUCACCCUUGCUUGCAAACAGUUCCGUACACCUCAUCGGAUCAUCCUGUCUGGCUCACCAAUGCAGAACAAUCUCCGGGAGCUGUGGUCACUCUUUGACUUUAUCUUCCCGGGAAAAUUAGGCACGUUGCCUGUGUUUAUGGAGCAGUUUUCUGUCCCCAUCACCAUGGGGGGCUAUUCCAAUGCCUCUCCAGUACAGGUUAAAACGGCUUAUAAGUGUGCAUGUGUCUUAAGAGACACCAUUAACCCAUACCUACUACGGAGGAUGAAGUCAGAUGUCAAGAUGAGCCUUUCCUUGCCAGAUAAAAAUGAACAGGUCUUGUUUUGCCGUCUCACUGAUGAGCAGCAUAAAGUCUACCAGAAUUUCAUUGAUUCCAAAGAAGUUUAUGGGAUUCUCAAUGGAGAGAAUCAGAUAUUCUCUGGACUUGUAGCCCUAAGAAAAAUCUGCAACCACCCCGAUCUCUUUUCUGGUGGACCCAAGAACCUCAGUGGUCUUCCAGAUGAUGAACAAGAAGAAGACCAGUUUGGAUACUGGAAACGUUCUGGGAAGAUGAUCGUUGUUGAGUCUUUAUUGAAAAUAUGGCACAAACAGGGCCAGCGAGUGCUGCUGUUUUCUCAGUCCAGGCAGAUGCUACAUAUACUGGAAGUGUUCCUGCGAGCCCAGAAGUAUUCCUACCUCAAGAUGGACGGGACUACCACCAUAGCAUCAAGACAGCCGCUGAUUGCAAAGUACAAUGAGGAUGCAUCCAUCUUCGUGUUUCUUCUGACCACGCGAGUAGGUGGCAUUGGAGUCAACUUGACCGGGGCCAACAGAGUCAUCAUCUACGACCCUGAUUGGAACCCAAGCACUGACACACAGGCCCGGGAGCGAGCAUGGAGGAUAGGUCAGAAGAAGCAGGUGACUGUGUACAGGCUUCUGACGGCUGGAACUAUCGAGGAGAAGAUAUACCACCGGCAAAUCUUCAAGCAGUUUCUGACAAACAGAGUGCUGAAAGACCCAAAACAAAGGCGAUUUUUCAAAUCUAAUGAUCUUUAUGAGCUGUUCACUCUGACCAGCCCUGAUGCAUCCCAGAGCACUGAAACAAGUGCUAUUUUUGCAGGAACUGGUUCAGAUGUUCAGACACCCAAACGCCAUUCAAAAAGAAAAACUCAACCAGCUCCUGGAGUAGACUGUGACCUUCCAAAAUGCAAGAAGCUGUCUGAUUCAGACACAUCUGCACGUGACACCAUGUUGACUGAGGAGAAACCUGAGACAACAGGGGCUGAAGGAGAUAGGGGACCUUCUAAAGAAAGUAGCCCUUUGAAAGAUGACCACAUGAGUGGUAAUGAAACUGGCAUUGUUGGCCUUGGAAAUAAGACAAAUGCCACGUCUGAGCCAGAGCAGCUGCCAGUGAUAAACGAAAAUGGAAAGUGUUCAGAUUCUCUAGGAGUCAGCAUAACACCCAAGCUCUCUGGUAAGACAAGUGUCCCAGAGAAGCAAGGCCCUUCCUAUAAAGGGGAGUGCUGUCAGGUUCAAACACAGCCUCUUUGGGCAAGUGGACAAAUGGAAGGUCAUUCCUACAAGCACAAGUCAAAAACAAAACAUGGUGUACCAAAAGAAGAGACCCCAGAGAAACAUCUUUGGCCAAAGCAGACGCCUAGGACCUCCAGGCAUUGCAAAGAUGCCAGGUUUGAGGGAACUCGAGUCCCACACCUGGUGAAGAAAAGACGGUACCGCAAGCAGGAAGCUGAGCAGGAGGGGGAGGCCAAGCAGCGGAGCAGUGAUGAUUAUGUUUUGGAAAAGCUUUUCAAAAAAUCAGUGGGCGUGCACAGUGUCGUGAAGCACGAUGCCAUCGUGGACGGGGCCAGCCCCGAUUAUGUGCUGGUGGAGGCAGAGGCCAGCCGCGUGGCUCAGGACGCCUUGAAAGCCCUGAGGCUCUCUCGUCAGCAGUGUCUGGGGGCAGCAUCUGGUGUUCCCACCUGGACUGGCCAAAGGGGCAUUUCUGGUGCACCAGCAGGACUAAAGAGUAGAUUUGGUCAGAAAAGGAACUCCAGCCUUCCCACACAACGUCUGUCUUCUUCAUCUCCAACAGAAAAAUGUCAGGAUGCUGUGAAAAAGAAAGAAAAGGACCAAGACUCCGAGCACUUCAGUGGCAAAGCAGAAGGCGCAGAGUCUUCCUCCGGGGCCCCCACUUCCUCCUCGCUCCUGGCCCGCAUGAGGGCGCGAAACCACCUGAUUCUGCCCGAACGCCUGGAAAGUGACCGUGGGCACCUUCCUGUGCCCUCCUCCGCGCCUCCCUCCUCCACAGAACAUGACGACCUACUGGUAGAAAUGAGGAACUUCAUUGCUUUCCAGGCACAGGUGGACGGCCAGGCCAGCACUCAGGAGAUCCUACAGGAAUUUGAGUCCAAGCUCUCUGUUUCACAGUCUUGUGUCUUUCGAGAACUGCUGAGAAAUCUGUGUACCUUUCAUAGAACUGGUGGUGAAGGGAUUUGGAAACUCAAGCCAGAAUACUGCUGAACAGUGUUUCUCUUUAGACUCUUAAUUCACUUUUCUAAUGGAAUUUUGGGUCAUUAAUCCUGUGAUUAGUGAUCAUGUGUUUAUGGAAGGAGAUUGGUUAUACUUGAUGUUUACUUUAAAUGGCAUCUACCUCAAAAAUUUUAAGAAGAAAAUAUUUGGGGUUUUUGAUUUUUUUUUUUUUUAUUUUAGGGGCACUGAAUUACAUUUUAAAAUCAGGGACAAAAUAGUUGCUUCUUGGAGUAUUUUGUUUCUUAACCCAAAAAAUACUGUCCAGGAGCACAUUUCUAUUCAUUUUUUUUAAGAACAGAAGUACUCAUUUUUUAAAGAACAGAAGUCUUAAUUAUUUUAUUGUUGCUAGAACUAUGUCUUAUAUUUAGUCUAGCCUGUUUGAUGAAUUAGUUCAUUGGUAUCUGAUAACAGCAAUAUUUUUAUGCAUGACUUUUAAAUGUUUCAGUCCCAGUUGUCACAAAAAAAAUGAUGACUUAAGACUUAUCUAUCAAUUCAUACUGGUUUUAAACAGCCUUUAGAGUACUAUCAAAUCCUUUUGUGUGUGUUGGUGGAGGGGGGGAGGGUUCCACUGGAGUGGAACCCAGUGCCUUGCACUGAGAGCUCCAUUUGUAAGGCAUGAAAUGUGUGGGUAAUUAAAAAUAAAGGGGAAUAUUUCUGUAAAGUCAUAGACUUUUCACUUUACUCUGGGUAUACUUUAAGCAGUAUUCUACCCCACACACUGUUGGCUUUAGGAAAAUGAAAUGUGCUAUCGUAAAACAAGCAAGAAGACAAAAACCCUAAGGUCAAGCAGAAACAUAAGUGUGUAAAACAGUGCUGUAGACAGCAGCCAGUUAUGACCUUGUUAUGGCCAGCCCCACAGUCCACUCAUUGUGUCCUCAACACGGGGUGGUCUCCAAGCGUUUGAUGGCCUUACUGAGCCGUGGGUGCUGGCGCCGGUCAUUUCAAGUGAGUACUGUUAUCUCCUUCCCGGCUGCCCUCCUCUAUUUCCUUGACCCUGUCCUGGUGUAGUGGGUGGUUCUGAGCUUUGACUCAGCUGUGAGUGUGUUAGGAUUCUGCAUGGGAUGGCCUCCAUCCCGUUACUUUCCCUACCUCUGUUUUUCUUGUCUGUUCUCAUGGUCGUUUUAUCACCUUGUCUUGGAAGUCCCUGUUUUCUCCAGUUCAUUGUGCUGCUUAAGUUUCUUCUGUCGCCAUCAUGGUGAGAUGCGCUUCUUGGAUGAGUUGCCGUGGCUUGCUGCUGCUCCUCGGCAUUCUCUGGGUCCAUGAGCCUCGCUCCCAUUCCAGGCCCCUGUGUGUUUGCUCCUGCAGUGGCUUCCUGGGACAGCUGUGUCCGAGGUGCUGCUUGUUCAUCCCUGUGGCCCACACAGGACACGUCUGGGCAGGAGCAGCUCUGCUGGGCUGCAUGCGGCUUUGGCUACAGGAUGGUGUAGCCUGGCUGUCUCCUUUCUGAGCUUUCGUCAGAUGAUCGAUCAGGCCAGUGACUCCCUCCUGUAGGCAGUGGUAGCCUGGCUGUCAGGAUUCCCAUCCCAGUCCCGUCUCCUGCUUCCUUUUGGGAAGUCUGGCCCCUGCCCUCCCACCCCCCGC